AUGCAGAGGGCUUCAGUUGGACACCCUCCAUUUCCAGCUGAUAAAAAUAGUUUAGUUUUCAGAAAUUCACCAGUUGCUCCAGCUCACUGUCUGCAAGGUUAUGGCAACUUCCUGCAAGCCCAACAUGUACCAAUGCACCCGAGGACUUCGGUUAUCACCAUUCAGUUCACAUUACAAUCCUUCUCCACCUUGGCCAAGGUAUCCGCCAACUGCCACUGCUGCCCAACAUAUUCAAGUCAUCAAAAGACUCCUGAAAUAGCCACCAAUUCUCAGUAUGUUCCUACUCCACCCCGGCCAAGGGAUUUAACAACUGUCACCAGUGACCAGUAUAUUACUACUCAUCAUAAAACUCCAGAAAUCACUACCAAUUGUCAGUACACAUCCACUCGACCCCAGCCGAGAAAUCCAACGUCUCUACCACCGGGUGCCUUACACAUGACUCCAGAAACUGACACGAAUUCUCACUGUGGCAAAGUUUCAGAGGCCCUUGUGGGGCCUGCAAAACUGGGCGGGAAGAGUUGGGAUGAAGGACGAGCUCUGGCUGGCGGAGGUUCUUAUAAGCGGAAAGAAAAGGCUGUAACAAAGAAUAGACCGGAUUUUAAGGCUAUUUUGAGAACUAAGGUUGAUAAGUUGAAGAAGAAACAAGGCAUGAAGAAAAUUUCUAAUUGGUACUUUGCUUUGCCUCUUCCCUCACUUAACUGUGCUGUUCCAGAUAAUGGCUCGUUUUCUCUGUUCACCCCAAUCAGUUUUGCGAAUAACUUGGAUCUAUGUGCUCCAGUCACUGCACGUCCUUGCCCGGGAUCUCCUCCAUUCUCUCCACCCCCAAUAUCUUUGCUGGGUAAUUGUCCUAUUUAG